AAUGUUCAUCUGAUAAAUAACGCUGCUAUUUUUUAGUAUUUCUGAAGCUAAACGAACAACUCGUCACUCUUGCUGCAGCAAAAGAAUUCACGGUUCAGAUAAUCACUUUACACACGGAGUGCUCAUAGCCGUAUCUAUGUGCAAAAUAAUGAAUUAUCAGAAAGAGGUGGAUGCUGUGGUAACAAUCGCUGUACACACAUAGUGCUCGUCACUAUUUUGCUGCAGCAAUAACCAUGACAUGAUCCCUCUUUCUGAAACCUCAUGGUUCAGCUAAGACUUAAGAAGCUCGCAAUGACACAGAGAAAAUCGUAUUCAUCACAUCAUCUAUAUACACCACAUCUACUCAGAAAUCAAUGCUCAUCUACAUGAAUGCAUCACAUAAUCUAUGUACAAAAAUAUCUCCAAACUGUAAGAUCAGUGCUCAUAAUCAUAAAAUCAUAAAGAAAUCGAUACUCGCCUAGCCAAAACAGCCUUGCUCCUGUUCUUGCGCUUUGCGGCAGCAGAUCGACCAUUGCUAAGCAGGCUAGGGCGUCCCUGCUUCACGGACGUCUUGGACAUAGUGCUGCGAUGGUGUUGCACCUGGAGCUUGAGGUGGAAGACCUCGAGGUCGGCCGGGGAGUUGUCUCUUUCCCGGCGCGCGAAGACGGAAGGCACCAUAAGACGAUACGGUUGGGCUUGGGCUCGGGUUUGGCGUGUUGUGCUCCUGGUUGUGGACCUGUGGUGGUCGCCGAGCUGCAGCUCCUCGCGGUUCCCAUCCACGCGCGAGCUAUCAUCAUCGUCCGCUGGGUCUAUGGUGGUGGCGCGAGGCAACAAGCGGCUGGAGGCGAUGGCGCUAGCGGCCGGCAGUGAGAGCCGAGAGCCCGAGAAGAUGAGAUCGAUCUAUUCUGCUGGGUUGGUUGAUCUGAAGAAGGAAGCUCUUAGCUUAUCUAAGCUGAUUAAUAACUUUCAAUUGGCUAAGAUUAGUCGGUCGGCGAAUGUGGUGGCUCAUUUCAUAGCAAAGUUUAGUUUUGACAAUAGAUCCGAUGGUAUUUUUAUUAAUGAUGUUCCGCCCUGUGUGGUGAAUUUUGUAUCGAAUGAUUGUAAGUUUACUGGUUGAUUAAUUAAUAUAAGGUGAUGUUAAAAAAAGGGAAAUGUAAGAGAAAAAAGGAUGCCCUGUCGACUGCCUCCCCGCGCCGGCUGUUGUAGUCAAGGUAGGCCCAAGCAGUCAGAAUUGCUAUUAAACCGAGCAAAACGCCGAACCAGUGCUACGUGUAUGUGCAUACGAGCUCCAAAAGUGAUGGUUUUGCGUCGUUUUAAUCAUGGAUGAUAGUACUAUGUGUUAGCCUAGCUCCAAACGUGGUAGUUUUGCGUAAUUUACUUCACCUGCCACGCCUGUAGGCGGUUGCAAGCUGGCUUCAAUGAAAUGAAGUUGUUAUCGCAUAAGUACAAAGUAUGAGCGGGACGCCCUAGUCAAGUGAACGUCAACGCAUACAAUUUUCCUACACAACCACCAUCCACUCUUGGUUUUCUAUGAGCAACGGUCCAAAAAUAUAGAUUUAAAUUUGGAGCAGGCACCAAGGUCUGGACAGAGACCUGAAAAGUCUUCGAGGGGUGGACGUUGUGUCCCAACCAACAGAGUCGCGCGCGAUCGCGAGGUACAUCCUGCGCAAGUAUAGGACGCCGGGGUCGCCGGACCUGCUGGGAGAGAACGGCGGCGCCAAGGGGGCGGCAAUGGUGGACGUGUGGACGGAGGUGGAAGCGCAGCAGUACCACCCGGCCAUCUCGCCCGUGGUGUUCGAGUGCAUCAUCUUCCCCGUCAUGCGCGGCGCCGCCACGGACCAGAAGGUCGUCGACGAGAGCCUGGAGCGGCUGAGGGGGGUGCUGGGGACGUACGAGGAGCGGCUGUCCGAGAGCAGGUACCUGGCCGGGGACUCCUUCAGCUUCGCGGACCUCAACCACUUCCCCUUCACCUUCUACUUCAUGGCCACCCCGUACGCGGCCCUCUUCGACGAGUACCCCAGGGUGAAGGCCUGGUGGGAGGACCUCAUGGCCAGACCUUCGGUCAAGAGGGUCUGCGCCAAUAUGCCCACCAAGUUCUAGUUCCAUCACGUUGUGUCAUUGUGUGUGUGUCGGAGUGAAUUUGCUGUGGAAUAAACGAACGAAUGAAUGUUAUGUAUUGAUCAUGCCGAA